CCGGAGUACAUCAAGUAAUGUUAGUAUAAUCUAAUUCGUUCAGAAUUUCUUGGAGUAAAAACACUGGAAUGGCAGCAGCCACCUGUCUGUCCUGCUUGUUUGGGGGUUCCUUUGUGUUAAUAAUUGAUUUUCCUACGACUAAAUAAACGCUUUUGUGGUCCUAACUUAGUUGCCACUCACUGGAGGGACUGCGCACGCCGCAUGGACGGGGGGGGGAUCCGUCGCGCCCGUCGAAAUCGAAGUCGUGGAGGAGUGCAGCAGUGCCGUUCUGGGGCUUUUCGACGGACUAAACGAGAAUGACGCCGACUUGCCAAACGUGAUGGAAUGCACGCGCUUCUUCUCUGGAGAUGCGUGGGGGCCUUGGAGGUACCGCGGCGGUAGCGCGACAUUCGACUUGUCCAAUGGCCACUUGUUCAUGCCAACUCCGCUUUGGCUGGCGGCCGUAGAUGACGAGGGACUCGACCGGGUACUCAACGUUUUCACUUGCGGAGACACAAACAUCGUCGCAUGGGAUGCCAGGUUAUUCGUAGUGGACGCUUUUUUCAGCUGCAGCAUGGGGGUGCAGUAGACUGGCACAGGUUUGGCCUGGAUGGGCGUCGCUGUCGCCGUACGACGUGUGGGUGCGGCGCGGACUGGCGUUUUGGACAACGUGGCCAUGGGUUCCUGCUCCCUAGAUGGUUCCAUAUUGAUAAUCGACGUUGGAGUGACCAAUGUUUCCGAAGAGGGGACUGUUUUCUCGGCACAUGCAGUGGAUGAUGCAAACGAGAACGACUUGACUUGGUUCCACGACCGAGACACGACGCGGCGCUUCUGUGGGGAGCUCUGCACGGUUUUGAAGUACUUUGGAGGCAGCUUUGCCGCCAUCGUCGCUACCACGCUGACAGCCGACGCUGUCAGCUCCGAGUGAUUGGUGGUUGUGAAGCUCGCAUGAACCUUUUCGAGGACCAAAUCGGCUGCCUUGGGAGACGCCACAGGGGAAAACGGACCGUACUCAUAAAAGCUCAUCGAAUCAAAACCCGUGUUGUCCAAAUGCAGGCCGCCAAAGUCGUCCACGCCGUCGUCGAACCCGUCUUCCACGAGGUUGUAGCUCGGACAGAAUGCAUCAGCUACGAACGCUGACGUGGGCGCGGCGGCUGCCUCAAUCGCCUUACCCCGCUGCAUCCCACGCCCUUCCGCAAAAAUCUCCAUCUUGCACAGGUCCACGUCGAAGUUCAUGUGGUCCUCCGCAUCGUCCAUAGAGAUGACAUCCACGGGGAGAUCCAACAGCGACAUGAUGCGAUUCCCCUGCCGUUCAGAACGAAAACUUCAAGAACAUCAAAAGGCUGCAACUCGUGCAACAAAG